GAAAUGAAAAAGAGGAUAAACAAACAUAUGCCAAAUGAGAGCGGGCUUGAGAGAUAUCACAAUGACUGCAUGAAAGUGGCUGUAAAGAAAUUACGAGAAUUAGUUGUGGUAGAUGACGGCGAUAUAUUUAACAGAAAAGCGGCAGAAUGUUUCGAAAAACAUUUGGAACUAUUCAAGUCAAUGGUAGAGAAAUACUCCCUUGAAAGAAGUAGAAGGUCGAUAGAAAUACUGGACAUGGAAAUUCAACAGAAAAUCAAAGAGAAAAAGUAUGCAAAUCCGCAUGGUUACAACGAAUACUUUGAAGACAUCAACACUCUUGUUGACGAAUUCACAAAGCGGGAAGAUUACCAUGGAUCAAAGGCAAGAGCUGUCUUGCAGGAAUUCAUGGAUUCAAAGGUCGACGAAGAGCAACUUGUUUACGAAAUGGUUAAGGGCGAGACUGAUGAUGAAGUUCAACGUCAGUCACAUCAACUUCCACGUACAUUGGAGCAGUUUCCAAAUAUAAAUCCAAAGGAAGAGUCAGUCAAAAAGAAGGCGCUAGAGUCCAUUGAAAAGUUUGAGAAUCACGGGUUUAUGAGAAUUGGGUCGCAAUACAUUGAGAAUCUGGAAUUGAAGUUACAAGAAAUAGAAAAGGCUAAGGCCGAAUUAUCAGAAGACAACACAUACUAUAAGCAACUUGUAGAUGAGUACAACGUCUGGUUGGACAUUUACAAAAAAGCCAACUUCUCAGUAGAUCAGGCUAAUCCAAGACCGAUCCAAAUGCCGAAGCCUGUCUUAACGGACACCCCUGUUGUCGAAAAACCAUCAGAAAAUCCAGACGGUAAGAAACCGAAACCGAAGAAACAGCCAUCCGGAAAACCAAAGUGCCCAAUAAUUUAAAAAAGAACAAAUAAGGAAAUACAUUAUGGUGAUGUUACUAUAUGUUGUUACAAUAUCGUUUGCGCACAACGAUCUAGAAAUAGUCACAUUGGACUUUCAGUACAAGAAAGUACAUAACAGAAAUUUCGAGUUGUAUUGUGUAAUGUUGGGGCACAAUAAACUGCGACUACGUAUACCCUUUUGUGUGUGUUUAUUAUGUAGCUGUAUUUCUUAUAUUUAUUUAUAAUUAUUGUUCCAAUGU